AUGGCGCGCGACGCGAUAUAUCGUAAUUGUUACUACCUAAUGCGGCUGCAACGCCGUACGUCACCGUGCUCUAAGACGGCUUGGAACCUGCUUGGGAGACUCAGGAAUGAGUUCGAGGAGCUAUGCGUGGCAACCGCCGGGGAACUGCCAACCGUCUCGUCGCUGAUGGGGUUGCUCGACGAGAUUUGCCGACGUCAGCUUAUUGCAUCACCGGGUCCCAAACAGGAUGAGACCAUGUCGACGCGACAACGGAAGUCGCCAACUGCGCCGCGCAAGAAUGCAUACACGGUCGGUUGUGGUUUUAGAAACUGUCUCAACCCCACCGUGACAUUAGGUAUAAGAAAUAUAAAUGGCGGCUUCGAGGAGGCCCGCGCACUCUUAGAUACUGGAGCAAGUGUCUCGGCCAUCAGAGAAGCUCUCGUGAAUCGGCUUCGCUUACACCGACAGACGAGCUCUAUGGAAAUAAUCCGGAUAGGAAAUAAUACGGUGAAGACACCGUCCAGUAAGGUGGCGGAGUUUAAGGAGAAGAUAGCGAAGGCGCAGCUGGAGCGCGCGUCGGCGGACGUGCCGCCGCCCGCGCUCGCGCUGCCCACGCGCCUCGCCGCGCCGCCGCCCACGCACCCGCCCCCGCCCGUGGCGACGAGCGUGGCGGCGGGCGUGGCGGGCAUGGCGGGCGGGGGCGGCCUGCCGCAGGACCUGCAGGAGGCGCUGGACAUCAUCUUCCCGUCCGACGUGAAGCUCAAGCCCGAGCUGCAGCAGCCCGACCUGUUCCUGCCGCCCUUCCCCAUGCCGCUCGGGUUCCCGCCGCUCGGCCUCAUGCAGCCCCAGAUGCCGCCCGGCAUGUUCGGUUUCGACAUGAACGCGCCGCUGUUCCAGCCGCAGCUGUACGACACGCACGUGCCGCUCGUGCCCGGCAACAAGCCCCGCCCGCAGCAGAACAAACGACCCAACAACGCCCCCGCCAACAAUCAGAAGGGCGACAAACGAUUGCAAACGCAGAAACAGCAGAACGCACAAACGCAACACAACCCGGCCCCCGCUCAAUCUCAAUCGCAGCCGGAGACGAAGGAAAACGGAACCGUGGCCAGGAAGAAGGAGGAGUUGGACGAGUUGGCGAUGUUGGGCAUCGACGCGUCCGACGUGGGCGCGGGCAUGUGAGGGAGGGGGAAUACCGGGACGUGAAGCCACCGUGCCUGUGAUAAUUCUAGUGCGUGCGACUCUGUCACGACCCUGAACAUAUGGAUUCUGUGGUUAAUAAAAGUUGUAAAUUAAAAUUUGUUUUGUAAUUCCAAGAGAGUAAUUUGACUAAACAUACCAAGUGUUUUGGUAGAAUUACUUUUAAAUCUUAAAUUUAUAUUGACAAUGAAAUGUAAUCGUUACACAUAUUUUUUAAGUAUUCAACAGUGAAACUGAGGUCAUUGAAAAUCAACUUUUAAUAUUGAUCUGUACAUUUGUUUCUGACCUAACAACAGUUAAUUUACCUUGAAAAUCAAAAAGAUUAAACUACUUCUAUACUACUCUAAGAAAACUAAAUGUAGCGCUAUCCAUAGAACUCGAAAUCGUUUCCGCGAAAUG